AUGGAGGUGGAGAGUUGCCAUGUUGAUGUGGUUGGAAAGGCAUUUGUCGAUCAUUACUACAAUCUUUUCGAUAACGAUCGAUCCUCUCUUGCUUCUCUAUACCAACCUACCUCCAUGCUGACAUUUGAAGGUCAGAAGACAUUUGGUGUUACUGAUAUCUCCUGUAAGCUAAACAACUUGCCAUUUGAAAAGUGCAAACAUAUUAUUAGCACCGUCGAUUCACAGCCCUCAGCUUUCGGCGGAGGCAUUGUCGUGCUUGUUAGUGGCAGCCUCCAGUUGCCCGCAGAGGAGCACCCGUUGAGAUUUAGCCAGAUGUUUCACUUGAUUCCAACUCAAGAUGGAUUCUUCUUCGUGCAGAAUGACUUUUUUCGGCUUAAUUAUGGUUGA